GGUACUGACCUGGUACUGACCUGGUACUGACCUGGUUCUAGUUCUAGUUCUGGCUUUCUGGUGCGGCAAUCGGGGAUCGCAUCGCGCCCGCGAUAUCAACGAACCUCUGCCUCUGCCUCUUCGGUACUGGUAGUCCAGUCGGGUACCAAGUACGAGUACUGAAGAUUCAACUGCUCCUUCCGUGAUUCAGUGCUCCCUCAGUCUGCCUGAAGUACUCCUUUUCCAAUGCUGCUACUCCAGUACUGUAUCUGCUGCUACUGCUACUGUAUCCUCUCCAGUACCUCCGUACUCAUACGGUGAUUCAUUCCUCCCUCCGACCUGAGUGAGACUUCGAUUGAUGAUUUGUAACAGCACUCAUCAAAGUUAAGAACCGACUACCGGUACACUACCAUAACCUUCCCCUCCCAUCUCCCUCCCAUCUCCCUCCCACGAUCGCUCGCAAGACUCUUUCGCAGCGGCCAUAUCAUGAUAUCCAGGUCUUACGAAAAGUGGGCGUCGGUUCGGAUUCAAGAGUGAUCAGUGUGUCCAGAACCCAGUAGAUCACGCUAGUCAGCAUCGGGCCCCGGCCCCCGGGGUGAACAACUCUAUCGGGCGGAAGACCAGGGGGGACCAUCUUCUUUAGAGAACAGCCCAAACACCAGGCGACGACUCAGCCUCGUUCAUCCCUCCUCCCGUGGAUCUCGUCCCUCAUCAUCGCUGGGGACCGCUGUCAGCCUCAAGGGUAUAGGACAGUACAGACAGUACAGACAGUACAGUAUCAGAUCGUCAGACAAACCCAUUGUCCACGUCCACAGUCCACCGCGCAGACGAGUCCCGAGUCCACAAAACGACCACACACGACCAGAUAGGAUUAGAACGGAAGACAGAAGCGUCCGCGUCGGCCUGUCAGUCUGUACGUAGUCAUCAUAUCACGCCCAAGCACAAUCCCACCCGGCCGAAGCAACCGACGAACCGAAAAACUCUGGGACGAUCCGCUGCACGGCAAGAAAAAAAAGGAAACGUCUGACGCCCAUAUCUGCAGCUGCAUCUACAGUACAAGCACGACCACUAAAUUUCAACGUCAACCACAUCUCAAAUCUGACCGCAUCUCAACUCUAAAUACAAUCCAACCCAAUCAACCUCCAGGAUGAACAUCCAAUCCGCGGGGGAUAUUCCUAUCCUCAUAUCUUCCGAGAACUCGGGGUCGGAGCGUCGCAUCACUCCCUCUUGGACCAUUGGUCAACUCAAAGCAAAGCUAGAGCCCGUCACCGGUAUCCCACCUCUGUCACAGAAACUGCGUCUGGAGCGAGCUGGCCAACCUUCAAUGCCCAUCGAAGCGAUGGAUGAGGAGAACACUCAAUUAGCAGCGUUCCCCCUCGCUCCCUAUGCCGAAAUCCUCGUAAGUCCUCUCUCGAUUUUCUUGGCGGCGUCGAGUCUGUGUGGUUUCGUCUCGCGAAACAACAUGAUACAUUUGCUUGAGUACCGCUGCAGUUUGGAGGAAUUUCCGAACCGCUAUCCCACAUGAACUACUCCGUGCACACAGUGGCGGGGGGCACGUUUGGGAUACGAAAGUGGGUCCGGGGGAAGCUCAGAAACGGACAAAAAUAUGAUGAAGCAAGUUACUCUUUGUAUGAUCUUCCACUCUAUGUGGCCUUGAUCAGACGUUGAGAAACUUCCAUGGGAAUCAUAUUCGCUAUUUUUAGUCUUGAACGGAGAGAGUCACAUUUCCAUGCAUUUUCUCGAGUGUCAAGCGACAUUUGCGAGGAGAGUAUCAUUUUUUUACAAUUCUAUGGGAUGAUCGCCACGUGUCGGUAUUUGACAAGUGUUGUGUUCUUGCCGUGUGGCUUCCGCCUUCAAAUUGUUAGCACAGCCUAGGCGUGAAAGGUCAGUUGUAUUGGUGGUGGUCCGAACCAUCGAACCAUCGGAACAAGAUCGAACUAUUGUAGCCUAGUUUAUGGCAUCAAUGCGGCGGCUCUGACCAGGCAAUACGAACAAUUCCCAUAUUUCUUUGGUUGCAAUUUUAUCACCAAAAGCUUUUCGGGUUUUCUAUUGCGUGUGCGUUAUUGGCAAAUAGCCCAGAACAAGAUUCUUACUUUCCAGAUCAGAGUAUCCUGUAAAUACUUUGGCAGGUCUGUAUAUCAAACGCGGAUCACAAGGCUUAUUUUCAAGUAUGGAGUGCAAUUAUGUAUUUUUCAAGCACAUCGCUCUGCUGAAAGCUUUUCGCGGACUGGUUAUACUCUACGACAACUCGUUGAGAUGUCUCUACGUUCAAGUUCAUCAUGGUUCAUGUUCUUUAUUUUCUUCCAAGCAUAGCAGGCCAGUACCUAUAACGCCUAUUGACGAGGAAAUGCCACAAUCAUAUGCUCCUCUCCCCCCGAAGCGGUUUGGAUUUUCAUAGUCCAAAUCAUAUCUCGAAACUCAUAACGGUUUUCUAUCUUCUCAAAUUGGAAAGUUUUUAGUUGAAGUUUCGAGCUUGAGAUCCGCUUCCUGAAGCAACCUUUUUGUCACAUCAUACUCGCUAUUACAUCUCCACUCCUCCUCCACCUUCACCUCCACCUCCACAUUCACAUACGCACCAACACAAACACAAACCCUAUUUCCACCUCUAGAAAUUCACAACUCCCAUGAAUCCCUUAAUGUUCCCUUCCCACUCUUUCCCCUUCCACUUAUUCAAUACUCAAAACUAACCAUCCUUCUCCAGGUAUCAGACACCCGUCCCCCAGGCCAACGCGAAAACUUCACCGACGCCUCCAAAGUAACUAAAUACGAACUCCCCCCCGCCAUCUACGAAACCAAAACGGACUCCGUCCUCGCCUGGAAAAAAGCCAACAAACUCGGCCGUUUCGACCCCGACGCGCCCGCCAUCAUCGCCUCCCGCAUCGCCGCCCACUCGCACACCAUCUCCGAGCGGGGUAUCGCCGUCGGCAAACGGUGUCGUGUCGGUGGUGAUGAUGCGAAGAGGGGGACCGUCAUGUAUGUGGGGGAGGCCGAGGCGAUUGCGAAGAAAGAGGGCGAGAAUGGGAAGGGGGAAUGGGUGGGGGUUCGGUUGGAUGAGCCGACGGGGAGGAAUGAUGGGAGUUUGGGGGGGGUCAGGUAUUGGGGUAAGGAUGGCGAUGGGAAGUUUGGGGUUUUUGUUAGGGGGGAACGGGUUGAGGUGGGGGGGUUUGAGGUUAGGGAUGAGUUUGCGGAGGAGGAGGGGGAGGAGGAUGAGAUUUAG